CGAAGGAAACAUCCGAAUGGGAAAAGAAUCCAGAAAAUUACAAUAGUAAAACUCAAAUCCAGUGGGCAGUGGAGAGAGUGAGAGAUUGGGCGCCAAAAAUUGGGAAAUCUUUUACCGCCUUGAUUUUAGCUUCCUUGGAAAGAUGCGGCUGUUUGUCCGACACCCUCCACUCCACCUCCUCCCAGUUGUUUUUAUUCUCAGUUUUUUCUCUUCUCAAUUAUUUCGUUUUACUUUUGUCUCAUACAAUUUUGUCUCUCUAACGGUGAAUACGCACAACACUACAUUGCGUGGGUAAAAAUUUAGGCUAAAAAUUUCGUAGUACUCAGAAAAAAUUUAGGCUUUCUUUCUGCAAAUUCUCCUUUCCUUCGCUUCCUCUACCUCUUCCCUUCAUUGGUAUUGGUAUUGGUAUUGGUAUUGGUAUUGGUGCUUGUGUCCUCCGCAUCAACAGCACCUGAGAACUGUUUCUCUUCCUAUUGUUUUGUUGGUUGAGAUUCCGAAUAGUUUAAAGAAAGAGACCCAAGAAGUAAUGUCAGGUUUGUAUAAUCCCAACUUCUCUCCUGCAAGAGCUGCUUCUCCUCAGAUUAGAAGCAGCGCUGAUGCAGACAGCCACUACUUGUCGGAGCUGUUGGCCGAGCAUCACAAACUCGGACCCUUCAUGCAAAUCCUUCCUAUUUGUAGCCGACUUUUGAAUCAAGAGAUUUUGCGGAUUUCUGGAAUGAUGUCCAACCAAGGUUUUAGUGACUUGGAGAGAUUACGACAAAGAAGCCCUAGCCCAAUGCCUUCUUCUAACCUCGUCUCAAAUGUUUCUGGCGCAGGUUUUGGCGGCUGGAAUGGACUUCCUCAGGAGCAAAUGUUAAGUGGAAAUCCUGGAAUGACAAUGGACUGGCAAGGUGCUCCUGCAAGCCCUAGUUCAUUUACUGUAAAGAGGAUUUUGCAGUUGGAAAUUCCAGUGGACACGUACCCAAAUUUCAAUUUUGUUGGGCGGCUUCUUGGACCCAGAGGCAAUUCUCUGAAACGGGUGGAAGCUACUACAGGAUGUCGUGUGUAUAUUAGAGGAAAGGGGUCAAUUAAAGAUCCAGAUAAGGAAGAGAAACUCCAUGGAAGGCUUGGUUAUGAACACCUGAAUGAACCGCUGCAUGUCCUAAUUGAGGCUGAUUUACCGCCCAAUAUCGUUGAUAUCAGGCUGAGACAGGCACAAGAAAUUAUAGAAGAACUACUCAAACCCGUGGACGAGCCAAAUGAUUAUAUCAAAAGACAACAAUUGCGUGAAUUAGCAAUGCUGAAUUCAAAUUUGAGAGAAGAAAGUCCUGGCCCCAGCGGCAGCGUUUCUCCUUUCAACUCAAGCGGGAUGAAGCGGGCUAAAACUGGUCGCUGAGGGAUCACAUUCCUCUCCAUUACAUAUUCCCUCUCUAUUAUGCAAAUUGAUCACUCAAAUGCCUGCGCCAACAGGUUAGGAUUCAGUUUUUUGAGUUUAUUUAUUAUUUAUUUUUAAACAACAGAAUGUUAAGAGAUGUCUUUCUGUUUUCUCAUUUCUAUUGAGAGAGAGAGAGGGUAAAGAUUAUGUAGUUUUGUUUGGGGGUUUGUAUCCGGUGAGGUGGUUGUGUCAUAUAAACCGAAUAUAAUUAUUGGAUUUAUUCUUGUGUUAGUGAAUUUGAAAUAGUGUGUAAUCUUCUUAGAUUGUAUGUAUUAUGUGGAUCACCAA